UUGUUGGAAAUUGUAGAAAGAGGAUCUAGUUUUACAAUAUGGCUUGUAAAAUGGACGAUUUUAUUUUUCUUUAUAUUCGUUAUCCCUGCGCCGAUAGCCUGAGUUCCAAAGCCUCUCCGUGUUUUGGGAUUGCAAUAAGGACGAGGACCUGGAGGUAGCUGCAGCACUUUCGACCUUACCUGGUUUUAAUUGGGACAAACCUUUCUUACUUUACGCUUGUCCAAUGCACCUUCACGAAAAGCUGAGCCUCAUGAUCGAAAACAGAGACCUGGGAACGAGGAAGCUACACCCUGAGCGUCUCACGAGGGCACACCUGUACACUAUAACCUCUGAGACUUUAUCAGCACCCAGACUGCCCAAAGGCUUCGAAAUCCGGCGCACAGACCCGCAGUUCGCCGAGCAUAUGCGCACCCACUGGAAGUACCAUGAUUUUGAAUCAUUAGAGGCCUACGAACAGCUGAUCCAUGUUCUUCCGGGUUACGCCAUCUUCGAAACACCCAAUGCCGAAGAGGAGAGCCAGGAUCCAAGAGGAAAGGCUCACCCAACCGGACCUCCCGUUUCGUGGGUUCAGUUGGGUCGAAACAACACGAUGAGCAAUACGUUCACCCACCCGGAGUACAGGAGACGAGGUUUUGCUCAGGCGGUGACCCUCGCUCUGGCUGCCCACGUGACCCGGCAGAGUGGCAAGGCUUCGGUCUACGUUAGCGAGGAAAACGAGGCUUCUGUCGCCUUUCACAAGCAGCUCGGCUUUACCUGCGAGUGCACCGUAGGCUGGCAGGCUUUUAGUUAGACACGAGUUUUGUA